CCCUCCAGCUGGUGUGGUGCCCACCCCAUACCCUUCUUCCCUUCCCCAAUGCCACAUCCUUGACAUGUAGAGACAUGGCCUUUCGAUGGCCCCGCAGUCCUGGGAGAGAGCAGUGAUCAGAGGAGGGGAGGCAGCGAGGCCGAGCGGCCAGUCUGGAAUUUAUGACUCCAGUCUCCUCUGACCCACUCAAUGGUCUCUCAGCCCAUGGAGUUUUCCAUGCCAGGGACCCACACUGGGUUUCCUCCAAACCUCCACCCUUCCCUCCCUUUGUCUUCCUGUGCCCUCCCCUUCCUCCUGCCCCAUCCCUUAGGGGAAUAGGGGACCGGUAGUGGUACAAAAGAGGCUCGCUUAGCAUGGAGGAGCAAACAGGGGUCUUAACGGGUAGGUCAGGACCGAGAGUGCUCCAGGUACAGCCCAUGGGCAGGAAAACCAGGCUCCACCCAGCCAGGCUCACCCCACGCUCCCUUGUGCCAGGCUGUGCGUGGGCCUGCGUGCAUCACUGCAUACUGUUCAUUCCACAGCCCCGCCAGGCCACAGCAGGAGGAGGCAGCUGAGGGGAGCACGGAAGGGCCAGGAAAGGAGGGAUGAGCAGUUACAAUCUGGAGCAGCAAUGUUUCCUCACAGGAACAGCCCCAGUGCCCCUUGCUUAAAGAGAAGCAGAGCUGUCUCCACUCCAGUCGGGGCAGGAAAUGAAAGCAGUUAUACUGGGACAGGUGCUCAGUCUGGCUUGGGGUGGGGCCCAGAGCCCUCUAAUCCAUAACUAAGGAGCCGGUAACAGUCCCUGGCACUGAACUGGUGAGAUUAGCCACAGGAUCACGUCCUGGGCCUGUGAUCCAACCCCUACCCACCCCGGGCCCCUUGGCAGCAAGAUCAAGCUUGAUGCCGAGUCAAAGGUCAGCUCUAGGAGGGGGAAAUUCAAGUUCAGGAAAUGUGGAGGAGUGCAACUCCGGUGGCCUCCCCUCUGCCUGCAGCAUUCAGAUCCGAGACAGCCCCCACAGAUGUACAGGCAUUGGUGGUCCAAAUCUGUGAUCAUCUGUGAAGCCAGUAGCAGUAUCUCAUUGCCAGGAGCAGAGACAAGUAGCCCGGAUCACCAGGAAGUGAUGGAAUCUAGUUUGAGUCCAGAUAAGCUGGACUCCAAAGCUGUUGGUCUCCCCCAACUAUCCCCUCGGUCAUCCAUCUUCCAGGAGACCCUAAGGCCCUGAGUGUCUUGGGUAGUUCUCACCAUUCAUAGUGGCUCUUUUCCCUCGACCCUUCACAGAAAGGCUGCAGUGAGCCUACUGGAGCUCAUCGCUCUGUCUCCUGUUCCUCUCAUGUCUCGGUCACCUUUUCCUUCUUUGUCCCUCUUAUUACUUUCUCUGGCCCCCCCGACGAAAGCUGAGUCAGACAGCCACUUUCCCUUGGCGCCCAGUGCCUCCCUGGCCUAUCCGUUAGUCUCCUGGCUGCCAAACGCACUCGGCUCAUUCCUCUGACCUGCUGGGAAGCGCAGUGACCCAGGAAGGAGGGAGACAGAAACUUGGAGCCAGACCUGAGCCAAAGGAGGAGGCAGACAGAGGCUGCUGGACUUCCACCCUCUUCUCCCUCUCUGCCUCAACACUCAUCUUUGGUCAGAGCUGCUUCAAGUUCCCCAGGGGAUCCCUGCAGCUCCACCCUGCCCUUCUGGGGCCCCAGCCCCUUGGGGGCCUCCAUCCCAGGAUGUCGAUAGCUGUGGAGACCUUUGGCUUCUUCGUGGCAGCCCUGGGGCUCCUGAUGCUGGGGGUGACGCUGCCGAACAGCUACUGGCGAGUGUCCACUGUUCACGGGAAUGUCAUCACCACCAACACCAUCUACGAGAACCUCUGGUACAGCUGUGCCACCGACUCCCUGGGUGUCUCCAACUGCUGGGAGUUCCCAUCCAUGCUGGCCCUCUCUGGGUAUGUCCAGGGCUGCCGUGCGCUCAUGAUCACUGCCAUCCUCCUGGGCUUCCUGGGCCUCUUCCUAGGCAUGCUGGGGCUGCGCUGCAUCAACUUUGGGAGCAUGGCGCUCUCCACAAAAGUCAAGCUGGCGGCCACUGCAGGGGCCCUACACAUGCUGGCGGGGGCCUGUGGGAUGGUGGCCAUCACUUGGUAUGCGAUCAACAUCACCCAGGACUUCUUCAACCCUCUGUAUGCUGGAACCAAGUAUGAGCUGGGCCCUGCCCUCUACCUGGGCUGGAGCGCCUCUCUGCUCUCCAUACUGGGUGGCAUCUGCCUCUGCUCCAAUUGCUGUUGUGCCUCCAAGGAGGACCAUGUCACCAGGGCCCAUCUUCCCUAUAAGCCAUCCGCGGUCCAGAUGCCCUCAGCGGCUUCACAGGAAGAAGGCGACAUCAGCUUUGGCAAAUAUGGCAAAAACGCUUACGUGUAGGAGCUCUGGUGUAUGGAGCCCACUGCUCCCAGGAUCCUAUGCUCCCUGGAAUGACCUCAGGACAGGCCAUGCCUCAUGCCUGGAAGCUACAUCCUGUGUGUGGGAGCCUCGCUCCAGCUGAGCUACAUCCAGGACAUGCCCCUCACCUGGGCACUCUUGCCCCUCCCAGGCCCAGAACUGCUCCUGAAAACUCACCUAGGCCUCUGGGGCCAAGGGGACCAAGGCGUCUCCCAUUGCGCGCGUUCUCUAUAAAUACUUGCAUAAAUAAAUGUACACUGUGAUUCCUC